AUGUCGUUGAGCAAUGGCGGUUGGUCGUCGUUGUCGAUGAUUUCCGAUGUUCUACCCGAAGAGGAGUUUGAGCGAGACGAUGAGCUCGUUUUAUCGGAGAAUGAGCGCCUCAGAAAUCGCGUCGAAGAGCUGGAGAAGGUGGUGCUCAUGCAAAGGAAUGAAAUUAUGCUUCUCCAAGCGUCGACGGCCGAUAUUCUGCGACGAGUCCAACAUUUGGAAUCGAACAACUCGCCAAUUGCCCAUCAAUACGCUUCACUACCCCGUUCGCGAAUGUCAAGCUCGAGAUCGAGCUACAGUGUGCCGAAGUCGGCGUCGCCGCUGCCGCCGUCACGAAGCCUCUACACAUCAAUGAACGGUGUGAACAAUAAUGGCAAAGGGGGACCCGAAAUUGUCAAAAUGAGAUCCCCGUCUCGUCGAAAUGGUCCCGACAUGAUCAACGUGUCGUUGGGCAAAAGCGCACGCGGCUCGCCGAUGCGCAAAUGGGUCUCGACGCACGAGAUCAAAGACAUCGACGCCGUCAGACGGAUUUCGAUGUCGUCGGAAGCGUCGACGUCGACAUCGACGACGACGACGACGUCGCCGCCGAUCAUCAAAACGAUUCCACGAGCCGAUUUACAUCGCCAAUCGACACCAUCGUUUUUUUCCCUGUGUUCCGUCAAACCGCACUCGGUCGCCUACAGUAUACGCCGCCGCGCUCCCGUACAUCCCACCAAUGGCACUCUGCCAAUAGCCAUCGGCAACAAAACCGUGACGAUUCCGAUUCCCGUCGACUACGAGGACUGGGAUCCGAACAACGAGGAGCAAGAAGCGCCCGACGUGAAGCUCGAACUCAAAUCGGUCUACACGUAUCGCGGCAAAGAUGUUCGCCGAAACGUCGACGUGCUGCCGACCGGCGAGCUGCUCUUCUUCACCGCCAACCUCGUCGUGCUCUGGGACAACGUCAGCGGGCGUCAGCGCUUCUAUCAGGGUCACACGUGCGACGUGAGAUGCGUCGCGCUUCAUCCGAACAAGGUGUUCGUCGCCAGCGGCCAAUCGUCGUGUCACGGCGUCGACAGAACGCCGCGAUUCGAGCAGCACACGCGACCGGUCGAGAGUUACGAGGAGCUCGUCAGACAGUUGGAGCGCGAGCACACCGAGGCGCACGUGCGCAUCUGGGACAGCGUCAAACUCGCGACAAUCGCGAUUAUCGGCGGCUUCGACGCGAAUUUCGAGCGCGGCAUUUGCCACGUGGCGUUCUCCGCACACGACGCCGGCGUUCAUUUGGCGUGCGUCGAGGAGAGCGUCCGACAUACGCUCACCGUAUGGAAUUGGGCGAAAAUUCGAAAAAUUGCCGAAGUCAAGGCGGCCAACGACGUGAUUUUUGAAUGCUCAUGGCAUCCGACAAUCAGCAAUUUAAUAGUCUUAUACGGAAAAGGUCAUUUCUCAUUUUUCCAAUUGGAUUUGACGAAUGGGGUGCUGCUAAAAACGCCGGCGGUUUUCGAGGGACGCGAUAAGCCGAAAACCGUGCUCAGCAUGUGCUACACACCGUCGGGCCACGUUGUCACCGGCGAUUCGAACGGCACCAUCACCAUUUGGGACGCGGCGAGUUGUAAAUCGUUGAAGCAGGCGCACUCGGUGCACCCCGGCGGCAUUUACGCGUUGUGUUGUGCCAACGGCGGACGAUUGUGGAGCGGCGGCAAAGAUCGAAUGAUCAGCGAGUGGCAAAUCGACGAUCUUGUCAGAUCACGAAGGCCAAUCGAGCUUCCCGACGAUCACGGCUUCGCAAGAAUCCUUCUGCCGACGUCAAACUCCGAGCUUCUCAUAGGCACAUCGACGAACUCACUGAUUUCGGCGAACUUCGCCAAUGGCUUCAAUAUGACGUCGCUCAUUGAAGGCGAUUCUGAAGAAGUGAGCUCGAUGGUCGCGCUUGGAGCCGACCACAUCAUCAUUGCAUCGUUGGGCGGCAGUAUUCGACGGUGGAAUUUAAAGGAGCAUAAGGUGGAAUGGUCCAAAAAGUACCUGUCUGGAAUUGAAUGUGUCGACGUGGAUUCUUCAAAUACCCAUCUUCUCAUCGGAUUCUCGUUGGGAAAAUGGUCAAUAAUCAAUAUGACAGCUCAGGAGACGAUUGAAGACCGAAAAGAGGGUCAAACGCCGAUAAUUUGCGUGAAAUUUGCGCCGCUCGGCGGCACAUUUGUCGUCAGCAGCGGCGAGCCGGCGGUCAUCAUCUAUCGAAUCGACGCAAGUCGAAACAUUCUGAAUUUGGCGAAAAUUUCGCGAUUGAGCUCGCCGAUUUCGAGUGUCGAUUGGUCGACGGACGGCCAAUUUUUGAGGGCCAAUGGAGCGAAUUUGCAUUUUUGGUCUCGCAACGGCGAGGUCGUCGAAAUGGCGACAUCUCGCGAUAUCAAGUGGUUCACUUCAAAAUGCCCAAUUUCGUUCGAAGCCGCCUUAAUUGCGCAUUCGAGCGGCGGCGAAAUUUGCUGCUCGGCGAGAUCGCGCGACGACAAACUGCUCGCGUUGGGCUUCAAAGACGGCACCGUUCGAAUCUACCGUAAUCCGGUGACGAGCUUGACGGCGGGAUUCGUGCAGCUCGCCGGACACGGCAAACCGAUUCGCAACGCGACAUUCGUCAAUGAGACGACACUGAUGACGAGCAGCGUCGCGGAAUCAUCAAUAUUUGAAUGGUCCCUUUCGUAA